UCCGCGUAGCCCCGAGUCCAGAACAAGCGUCGCGAAGCAGAAGGACGUGGCAGGCAGGAUGUCAUUUUCAAAAUGCGGGAUGGUGCCUCUGACUCAUUAACUGCCAUAGGAAGGCUGCUACACCUAGACUGAUGCUUGUCAAUCGUCACCGUUAUUCAGACUAACGCCCUCUGUCAUUGAGGUGAAAGGUAAGGAGCAUCUUUUGUGGAAAAACAGGUUUUUGCACAGUAAGAGUCAGCAUUAGGAGUUUGGUAACGGUUAUGGAACUUGGCCACAGGAGUUCUAUUGAGGAUGCCUAAUGGGAAAAAAAACCAUGGAGAAGUAUAUUAGACUACAGAAGAUUGGAGAAGGUUCAUUUGGAAAAGCCAUUCUUGUUAAAUCUGCAGAAGAUGACAGACAAUAUGUUAUCAAGGAAAUUAACAUCUCAAGAAUGUCCAAUAAAGAAAGGGAAGAGUCAAGGAGAGAAGUUGCAGUGUUGGCAAACAUGAAGCAUCCAAAUAUUGUCCAGUAUAGAGAAUCAUUUGAAGAAAAUGGUUCCCUCUACAUAGUGAUGGAUUACUGUGAAGGAGGUGAUCUGUUUAAGCGAAUUAAUGCUCAGAAAGGCAUUUUGUUUCAAGAGGAUCAGAUUUUGGACUGGUUUGUACAGAUAUGUUUGGCCUUGAAACAUGUCCAUGAUCGAAAAAUUCUUCAUCGAGACAUAAAGUCACAGAACAUAUUUUUAACCAAAGAUGGGACAAUACAACUUGGAGAUUUUGGAAUCGCUAGAGUACUUAAUAGUACUGUGGAGCUGGCUCGAACUUGCAUAGGGACUCCAUACUACUUGUCACCUGAAAUCUGUGAAAAUAAACCUUACAAUAAUAAAAGUGACAUUUGGGCUCUGGGGUGUGUCCUGUAUGAGAUGUGCACACUUAAACAUGCAUUUGAAGCUGGCAGUAUGAAAAAUCUGGUACUGAAGAUAAUAUCUGGAUCUUUUCCACCUGUGUCUUUACAUUAUUCUUAUGAUCUCCGCAAUUUACUCUCUCAGUUAUUUAAAAGAAAUCCUAGGGAUAGACCAUCUGUCAACUCCAUAUUGGAGAAAGGUUUUAUAGCCAAACGCAUUGAAAAGUUUCUCUCACCUCAGCUGAUAGCAGAAGAAUUUUGUCUAAAAACAUUUUCCAAGUUUGGAGCGCAACCUAUACCAGCUAAAAGACCAGCUUCAGGACAAAGCUUGGCUUCUGUUGUAUCUGCUCAGAAAAUUACAAAGCCUGCCGCCAAAUAUGGAGUACCUUUAACAUAUAAGAAAUUUGGAGAUAAAAAAUUACAUGAAAAGAAACCACUCCAAAAACAUAAACAGGCCCAUCAAAUUCCAGUGAAGAAAGUGAAUCCUGGAGAAGAAAGGAGGAAAAUGUUUGAGGAAGCAGCAAGAAAGAGAAGGUUGGAAUUUAUUGAAAAAGAAAAGAAACAAAAGGAUCAGAUUAGUUUAAUGAAGGCUGAACAGAUGAAAAGACAGGAAAAGGAAAGGUUGGAGAGAAUAAAUAGGGCCAGGGAGCAAGGAUGGAGAAACGUGCUAAGUGCUGGUGGAAGUGGUGAAGUAAAGGCUCCCUUUUUUGGCAGUGGAGGGGCUGUGGCUCCAUCACCUUUUUCUUCUAGAGGACAGUAUGAACAUUAUCACGCUAUUUUUGAUCAAAUGCAGAAACAAAGAGCAGAAGAUAAUGAAUCUAAAUGGAAAGGAGAACUAUAUGGCCGAAGGCAUCCAGAAAGGCAAAAAGGACAGCUAGCUGUGGAAAGAGCUAAACAAGUGGAAGAGUUCCUACAGCGAAAGCGGGAAGCACGGCAAAAUAAAGCGCGAGCUGAAGGGCAUAUGGGAAUCCUGCAAAACCUGGCAGCUAUGUAUGGAGGCAGGUCCAGCUCUUCGAGAGGAGGGAAGCCAAGAAACAAAGAGGAAGAGGUUUAUCUGGCAAGACUGAGACAAAUAAGACUGCAGAAUUUCAAUGAGCGCCAACAGAUUAGAGCUAAACUUCGUGGUGAAAAGAAAGAAGCUGAUUGUUCUGAAGGACAAGAAGGAAGUGAGGAUGCUGACGUGAGGCGUAAAAAAGUUGAAGCACUUAAGGCCCAAGCAAGUGCACGUGCUGCUGUACUAAAAGAACAAUUAGAACGAAAGAGAAAGGAAGCAUAUGAGAGAGAAAAGAAAGUAUGGGAAGAGCAUUUGGUGACUAAAGGAGUAAAGAGCUCUGAUAUGUCUCCACCACUGGGACAACCUGAAGCAGGUGGCUCUCCAUCAAAGCAACAGAUGAAGCCUGUUAUUUCUGUGACUUCAGCUUUGAAAGAAGUGGGUAUGGACAGUAGUUUAACUGAUACCCAGGAAACCUUGGAAGACCUGCAGAAGACUAGCAAUGCUAUUUCAAGUAAGCGAGAAAUAUUACGUAGAUUAAAUGAAAAUCUUAAAGCUCAAGAAGAUGAAAAAGGAAAACAAUGUCACUCUGAUACAUGUGAAGUAGUCCUUAGUGAAGAUGCUGAAGAGCAUGAAAAGGAAAAGUCAGUUUCAUCUGAUCGCAAGAAAUGGGAGGCAGGAGGUCAACUUGUGAUUCCCCUGGAUGAGUUAACAUUGGACACAUCCUUCUCUGCAACUGAAAAACAUACAGUGGGAGAGGUUAUCAAAUUAGAUCCUGGUGGAUCUCCAAGAAAAGUCUGGGGAAGAAGCCCUACAGAUUCAGUUCUAAAGAUUCUUGGAGAAGCUGAACUUCAGCUUCAGACAGAACUACUGGAAAACACGACCAUUAGAAGUGAGAUUUCUCCAGGAAGGGAGAAUUACAAACCUUUAAUUACUGGAGAAGAAAAAGUAAAAUAUAUUUCACUUGAAAUGAAUUCAUCAGCUCCUGUUGAUUCUUCUGCUGAAACAAACAGUCCAGAAUUGAGUGAGGCAUCUCCACAGAUGUCACUGAAAUCAGGAGGAAAUGUGGAUGAAUCUGAUGGCUUAGAAACAGAAGUUCUGCAAGAGCCAGAUGAAUCAAACAAAGAUGGUACCUUGCCAUGCAUGAUCAUGGAUGUAUGGAUUAGUGAGAUAAAAGAUACAAAGGAAACUGAGUUGGAAGAUAGGAUUAUUGUUCAGCAAAAUGAAGUUACUGAAGAUGGAAUCCCAAGGAAUGUGGACGACCUUAGUGAAGUUGAUAUAAGACCUGAAAUAAAUGAUUCUCAGCACUCCAAAUGUGAUGUAGAUAAGUCUGUGCAACCAGAACCAGUUUUUCAAAGAGUGGUUCUUUCAAAACACUUGAAUGUCGUCUCUCAAAUUCAGUCAAUUCUGUGUUCACCAGAAGAAUCCUUUCCACUUCGAUCUCGCUCUGAUUCACCACCAAAAAAUAAAAACAAGAGUUCCUUGCUGAUUGGACUUUCAACUGGUCUAUUUGAUGCAAACAACCCAAAGAUGUUGAGGACAUGCUCACUUCCAGAUCUCUCAAAAUUGUUCAGGACACUGAUGGAUGUUCCCACUGUAGGAGAUGUUUGUCAAGACAAUCUUGAAAUAGAUGAAAUUGAAGAUGAGCAUAUUAAAGAAGGACCUUCUGAUUCUGAAGACAUUGUAUUUGAAGAAACGGACACAGAUUUACAAGAGCUUCAGGCCUCUAUGGAGCAGUUACUUAGGGAACAACCUGGAGAAGAAUACAGUGAGGAGGAAGAAUCCAUCUUAAAAAACAGUGACAUAGAGCAGACUGGAAAUGGGACAGAUGUAGCAGAUGAGGAUGACAAUCCCAGCAGUGAAAGUGCCCUAAAUGAAGAAUGGCACUCAGAUAACAGUGAUGGCGAGAUUACUAGUGAAUGUGAAUAUGAUAGCGUCUUUAACCAUUUAGAGGAACUGAGACUUCACCUGGAACAGGAAAUAGGCUUUGAAAAAUUCUUUCAGGUUUAUGAGAAAAUAAAGGCGAUUCAUGAAGAUGAAGAUGAAAAUAUUGAGAUUUGUUCAACAAUAGUUCAGAAUAUUUUAGGAAGUGAACAUGAACAUCUUUAUGCCAAGAUUCUUCAUUUAGUCAUGGCAGAUGGAGCCUAUCAAGAAGGUAAGAUUUCCUCAGUCUUUAUAUUUUAA